AUGAACUCGUGCGAAUUCAACGUCAACGCCUUCGGGCCGGAGGGCCAGACGGCUUUGCACCAAUCGGUGAGCGACGGGAACCUGGAACUCGUGAAGCUAUUGGUCAGAUUUGGAGCCGACGUGCGAUUGGCCAACAGGGACGGCUGGAGCGCAUUGCACAUGGCGGCCUUUUCGGGUCACCAGGAUAUAGUGCUCUAUUUGGUGGCCAAGGCCCGGGGGGGCGGGGGAGGCGGAGGAGGGCCCUCGUAA